UGUAGGGUCAAUGUACUCAAACAUUAGACAGAAUAAGGAAGUACAUUCAAAUGUUGAAAAUUCAAACUCAACGUCAGAGAUGGAGUCCGAAAAAGAACAAUGCAAGGUGGAAUAUACGCAUCUGGGGAAAUCUGGACUAAAAGUAUCAAACAUAUGUCUUGGAACAAUGACUUUUGCCAAGUUGGAAGAAAGUCCGAUGGCGAUUUUUUCAUGCCCAACACAGGCAGACGAAGAAAAGGCUCAUGGUAUAAUGGACCGUUUUGUGGAGCUUGGUGGUAACUUCAUCGACACAGCAAACAUGUACUGUAGUGGACGAUCGGAACACAUUAUAGGAACAUGGCUUAAAAAGAAGUCCAGAGACAAUGUUGUUGUGGCGACAAAAUGUCGUUUCUCUAUGUCGAAGGAGCCAAACGACCAGGGACUCAGUAGACGACACAUUAUCAAAUGUUGUGAAGACAGUCUUGAACGUUUGCAGACAAACUAUAUAGAUCUUUAUCAGACACAUAUGUGGGACGAUGCUACACCAAUUGAAGAAACACUCAGGACUCUUGAUGAUCUGGUCAGGUGUGGAAAGAUUCGAUAUCUUGGAGUGUCAAAUUUGCUUGGAUGGCAAACACAGAAAGUUGUUGAUUAUACCAAGUUUAUGGGAUUGACAGGUUUUGUUAGCAUGCAGCAACAAUACAGCUUGUUAGUUCGACACCCGGAAUUGGAAGAAUUCCAAGUCUGCAAGAAUGAAGGACUUGGUGUUUUACCAUGGAGUCCUUUAAGAAGUGGUAUGCUCACUGGAAAAUACAAACGAGACGAAAAGAUGGACCCUAAGAGUGGUCGUUUAGCGUAUGAUUUUGAAAAGAAUACCCAGGCUUCUUAUUGGACUAAAUAUGCAAAGGACACGUACUGGGAUAUCAUGGCAGUUGUAGAAAAAGUAGCAAAGACAAAUGGUAAAACAGCGGCACAGAUAGCGUUGAAGUGGCUAUUGCAGAAAGACGUCGUGUCAUCUGUAAUAAUCGGUGCCACAUCGAUUAAACAGUUAGAGGAAAAUAUGUCUGUAGGAAGUGGCUGGAGCAUUUCCAAAGAAGAUAUGGAGACACUAGAUGAAGCUUCAAAACCAGAAAGUGCGAGCAAUUAUCCGUAUGAAAUGUCGAGGUUGGGAAAUAUAUCGCGAGUAAACAAAUUUAUACCAAAACCAGCCGUCGCAAAUCUCGUAUAAAACUGACAUAUUGUUUAAGGUUUACGUGAUCGUAGUUUCUAGCUGCGUGCUGAUUUAUUACGUGUGUGUAUCCACGACUAACCUCAUGUUUGAGAGAUAUUGGAAAGACGAGAAAUGAUUGAAUAUGAUUUAUGUUAUAAUUAUUGAUUAACAAAGUUUCCUUUGUAUAAAAAGACUGUGUAUCCUUUAACAUAUUAAACAAACAAUUUGUACAUUUUGAUAAGAUAAUAUCGCUUUUCUUACGCCAUUUCCAGUUGGUUGACCGUUAUGGAAUAUACGUUUCACAGAUGAUAGCGGAUAUGUUCUUAAUGUCGUUACUACAAUCCCGUCCCCUUUUUCAGGAUGACUGC